GUUUGUUCAGUUUUGUGUUUGGCUUGACAGGCAUGGUGGUGUAUGAUGGCGAAAGCUUGAAGCAGGAGGGGAUUUUCCAGGGAUACAACACUAUUACCUGCAUAGUUGUCGUCUUACAGGCUCUCGGCGGGCUGAUCGUGGCUGUAGUCAUUAAAUAUGCUGACAACAUCCUCAAAGGAUUUGCCACCUCUCUAUCAAUCAUGGUGUCUACACUCAUUUCGUAUUUCCUGUUGAAGGACUUUAAUCCCACAAGCAGAAGCAAUCUGCAAGGACUGCAAGACAUGGUGAUGCCGCAUAAGCCGAGAAACCUUGAGCUUCAGGGCAUAAACUCAUGGCCGGAGAUUCUUCUUCAGGAUUUUAUGGUACAGAGCAGAAUUCAUGGUUCCAUCAGGGAACAGCAAGUUGUCCAAUUCCUGAAGCAGAAAAACAGCCCCCGAACAUCACCACCACCAUGUUUGACUGCUGGUAUGAAAUUCUUUUAGGAGAUGCAUGUAACAGGAAUGAAAGCUUCCAAGAAGUUCACCUUUCGUCUCGUCAGAGAAUAUUUUCUAAAAAGUCUUGGGAGUCAUUAAGAUAUUUUUGCGUAUUUUUUCUAGGUGCAGUGCUGGUUAUUGCUGCCACAUUUCUUUACGGCUAUGAGCAGAAACCUGCCAGCAGCAGCACCAACAAAGUGUAAUCAGAGACCUGCGUGAAUUGUGGCUCUACGAACUGUGACCAGGAAUUUGCCACAUGAACAAUUUCUUUACAGAAAAAGUAAAGACAAGUUACUGGGAAAUACAGUCUUUUGGAAGUGGGCCUUCUCUGAAAAAGAACAUCUAACAAAAUGGAUGUUAGCAGUGACUCAUGUGAAAGCUAUUGUUUUGAGCAUGUCAGGUAAACUUAACACUACAGAAAAGCAAACGGCGUAAGGCGAACAGGAGGACAUGAUAAGCAAACCUUAUCCUUGCUGGCAAACUAAUGUGAAACUAGUUCACGUGUGUCAGUAUUAGAACUGUGACAUUCCACCUCAGGAGGUACAGAUGCUACAUUUAAGCUUUGGGUUGCUAAAGAAUUGUAAUUUUAAAAUGAUCACGUCUUUUGAAGAAGUGGCACAUAAUUUUAGUGCAAAUGGAAAGUCCAGCCAUCCAUUCACUUCCGCUUAUCCUUUUCAGGGUCGCGGGGGCAAAUGGAAAGUGUUUCUUUAGAUAUCAGCAGAGAAGUUUUGAAAAAGCACAACAGCAUAUUGCACUUACUAGCACGUGCACGUGCUAAAAUAAUAAUAACAAAGGAGCGCGUCGUAUCAGAUUUUUAUAAUCUGUCUGGAUCCUCCACCACAUUGCAAAGGUGCUCUACUGGAGGCUGUUUGAGUACAGCGAGCUCUCAUGUUCAAACAAACAGUUUGACAUGAUUUGCGCUUCAUGAUAGGGUCGAUUAUCCUGUUGGAAGCAUCAGAAGAUGGGUCGUAAAGGGAUAGACAGGUUUAGCAACAAUACUCAGGGCUGUCAUACAUACAAGGGCUUGUGUUCUGCUUAAAGCGUGCCAGGAAAAUACCUCUAAAACUAUCAUGUAUUAACUGUAACCCCAGUUUCUUAGCUGACAGCAGGUUCGAUGUGUUAUGCAUUCAGAGAUGCUCUUCUCCCUACCUUGACUGUAACAAGUGUUUAUUCGAGUCGCUGUUGUCUUCCUGUCAUUUCAAAGCAGUCUGAUCAUUCUCCUCUGAACUCAACAAGGCAUUUUCACUACUGUGCACAGUUUUCUUACCUGUUUGGAUCAUUCUUUAUGAACUGUAGAGAUAGUUGUGUGUAAAAAUAGACCAGCAGUUUCUGAAUUACUCAGACCAGCCUGUGCAAAGUCAAUGAAAUCACUGUACUUCCACAUUCUCACACUCAGUUUUCAGCAUCUCAUCCUGAAUAUGUCUACAUGUCCUAAUGAGCAGAGUUGCUGCGAUGUGAUUGGAUGAUCGUAGAUAUCCAAUGAGCAGUCUGACAGGUGUACCUAAUGAAGCUGCCGCUGAGUGUACGCUUAAGAUGGGUUACAUUUAACAUAUUCCAGACACUGCCAAGCACGUAGAAAAAUUAAAACA